AUGGAGUCAGUAAGAUUAUUGAUAGCCUUGGCAGCACAUGGAUGCUGGGAGAUUCAUCAUAUGGAUGUGAAAUCAGCAUUCCUAAAUGGAGAUUUGGCUGAGGAGGUAUAUGUGCAGCAACCACCCGGUUUUAUCAAUCCAAGUCACCAAGGUUUAGUACUGAAACUGAGAAAGGCAUUGUAUGGUCUUUGUCAGGCACCUCGUGCAUGGAACUCAAGAUUGGAUGCAUCUCUGAGCUCACUUGGUUUUGAGCGCAGUCCAACUGAACAUGCCAUCUAUAGGAGGGAGAAGGAUGGUAAGAUCUUGCUAGUUGGAGUGUAUGUAGAUGAUCUGAUUAUUACAGGAUCAGACACUGAAAGAAUUUCAGAGUUCAAGCAAGAGAUGUGCUCAAUCUUCAAGAUGAGUGACUUGGGAUUAUUGAGUUUUUAUCUGGGAAUUGAAGUCAGACAGGAAGCAAAUGAGAUCACCUUGUGCCAGAGUAACUAUGCCAAGAAGAUACUGCAAGCUGCUGGAAUGGCAAAGUGUAAUCCUUCUGCAAUUCCCAUGGAGGCCAAGCUGAAAUUGACAAAAGAAGGUUGUGGCUCACUAGUGGACCCAACAGAAUUUAGGAGUAUUGUUGGAAGCUUGAGAUAUCUAGUGAAUACAAGGCCGGAUAUAGCUUAUGCUGUUGGAAUUGUGAGCCGGUAUAUGGAGAAGCCCACUGAUCAGCACAAAGCAGCAGUUAAGCAGAUUCUGAGAUAUAUUCAAGGCACUGUCAGAUAUGGUUGUACUUUCAGGAAGAAUAGCCGAGAAGUGCUAAAUCUUUUGGGGUAUAGUGACAGUGAUUUGGCUGGUGAUCUAGAUGAUAGAAAGAGCACUAGUGGUUUUGUGUUUUUGCUUGGAGGAAAUCUGAUCACCUGGAGCUCACAAAAACAGAAAAUUGUUGCUUUAUCAUCAUGUGAGGCUGAAUAUAUGGCAGCUGCAAUGGCAACCUGUCAAGGGAUAUGGCUCUCAAGACUGAUUUCAGAUUUGCUUGGAGCUGAUCAUGACAAGUUCAAACUGAAGGUGGAUAAUAUGUCUGCAAUUGAAUUGAGUCGAAAUCUGUGCAUCACAGCAGAACAAAACACAUAG